AUGAAAUGCUCGCCGUUGCCAGGGCACGCGAGGCCCUUGGAGAACAGCCACGAUGACCCGGCGCGAGUGGAGAAGCAGAAGGAGACGUCGUACCUCGCCCACAUCGACGUCCUCCCGGGCUGCGACCCCAUCGCCCUCUUCCUCGAGUGGAAGGCCCUGGCUGCGGCGCGCGGGGCCCUCAUGACCAACACCAUGGUGAUCUCCACCGUCAACAGUGUUGUCCGAUUUAAAUGUAGUGACUCCUCAAGGCCACGAGCUGGAGGACGAGGAGGAACUCUCGAGGACACUGGUGCUACGCCGCAUGGACGGCGAUGCCUUUGUUUUCAUGACGGACUCCCGAAGCCGCAAGGCCGCAGAUCUGUCUGCGGGUGUGUAUAUUUGAGCAGUGACUCACCCGGCAUUUAUGUAACGAACUGA